UGAUUUUUAAUCUAGACAUUUUGGUAAGGUGAUUUGCGAUCUCUCAUAAGGGGCAAAUUGAGGCAUAAAUGAUGGGGAUAAUCUGACACGUUCCAGCACAUCCUUGUCGACAGCCUAAGACUGGUCGUUGUGAUGGGUGCCUACAGUCCCAGCCCCUACUUGAUCGCGUCCUUUAUAACUCUUCUGGACUCUUUGUGCUCAACUUUACGGACGCCUUCGUCCUUUUUCCACGUCCAAGAUGGUCAAGAGAACUUCGGAUGAGAACGGGGGAGAAGGUGACAUCCAUACAAACGGAGGCCCCACGGCCCCUUUAAAGAUUCCUCUGCCACUAUACAAGGCAUCAGUCAAGGAACCCGCAGAAACAGGCACCAUCAGAGUCAGUUCUUCAAUAGCCGAUAUCAGUGACGCGAUAGUUCAGCGGACCAAGAAAUGCCUUCAGGGUGCAAAACCACCCCAGUACGCUAGAAGCGAAAGAAAAAGCAGCACUUCACUUGGCGUCGCGGUUGAUGGGACAUAUGCUGGGCUGAGUGUUGUAUCAAUUCAACGCGUCGACGGGGAUCCGUUCAACUCUGUGCAGCAGCAGAGCUAUGUCAAUACCAUUAGCGCCGCCAUGGAACGCUUCUUUGACUGCAAGUCAUAUUCAACUGGCACAUACUCGUCUGUGGACUGGACUUUCUGCGGCAUCGCAGAAAAUACGGUCGCUACUGCCAUGUCGUUCGAGACGGGGUAG